UCGCUUACGUUGGUAUAUCCUGCCGGCGCUAACAACAAGUUAAGCUAGUUGUGUGGUCGCGUAGACCUCGACGGGAAGUAGGAACCGUUCCAGUCGCCCAACGGCGUUGAUAUUGGUGAUUUUACGGUAAAAUAACGUUGUAUUUCAUCAGUAGACUUGGACCUGCUGAAAUGGGAGACCCUUCUUUCAACAGAGACUGCCCCCUGGACUGCAAAGUUUACGUUGGGAAUCUUGGAAACAAUGGCAAUAAGGCAGAGUUGGAAUCAGCAUUUGGAUACUUUGGUCCUUUAAGAAGUGUUUGGGUCGCCAGGAACCCACCAGGCUUUGCUUUUGUUGAGUUUGAAGAUCCAAGAGAUGCCUCUGAUGCUGUGAGAGAGCUGGAUGGAAGAUCCAUGUGUGGAUGUCAAGUCCGUGUUGAGUUAUCCACCGGGGAAAAGCGUUCGAGAAGCCGUGGUCCUCCUCCGUCCUGGAGUCGAUACUCGAGAGAUGAGGGCAGGCGUCGCUCGCCAGCUCGACGCAGAUCCCCUCGGAGGAGAAGCCUGAGCCGCAGUCGCAGCAGGUCUCUUUCGCGAGACAGACGCAGAUAUCGGUCUACUUCCAGAGACAAGACCCGUAAGCGCUCAAGAUCAUUCUCGCGGUCAAGGAGCCGCUCUCGUUCUAAUGACAGGAAAUGAGGACCUCACAAAAUGGCUUGUGUGUGUGGGAACUCCUAUUUUUUUAUAGUCAUGCUAUCUUUUUAGUUGUUACUUAACAACUCAAUGUGGUGUUCGGGUUGUCUUGUAACUCUGUCAUUACAGUCAGUUGUUGACAGUAAAAGAUUUUUUUUUUCCCCUGUUUUUUUUGUUUGUUCAUUCAGCAUGAUUGUUUGGGUGUUUGGUAGGUUCUGAUCUUUAAUUGUCCUGCUAUCCAAUUUAAUUAAAAAAAAUUUUUUUUUAAUUUCACUGUUAAUUUGUGAUGGAAAACAGAUUUGACAAGGUUUGUUAGCUAAAGCAGCAACUGCAACUGUUUUUCAGUUGCAUUUUCAAAGCAAAACAUUUUCCUUUUGAGCUCUGACAACUUUGCUGAUGGUGAGUCGUUUCAUCAAUAAAAGUUUUUUCCUAAGUCAGA